UCGCGUGUCUGGAAGAAGUGAAAACUUUCCUGGGCAGCAAAGGGCUCAACUUUCCUGAGCUGGAACAGCCAGAGUGGCUGGAAAAGCUACACUUCAUGGUAGACAUGACAGCGCACCUGAACACGCUGAACACAGCUCUUCAGGGGAAAGGACGCACAGCCCUGCACAUGUUGGAGGAUGUCUUGGCAUUCGAGCGCAAGUUGACAGUGCUUGCCAGAGAUUUACAGAAAGGCACUUUGUCUCACUUCCCCAAUUUGAGAGAGUUCAAACAAGGUCACGACAUGAUAAUUUCGGAGUAUUUACAUUCUGCAAUCAUCGCAAUGCAAACAUCGUUUGGGAAACGCUUCUGUGAGUUCAGAGAGGAAAAAAACACAUUAUCCUUCCCGGUCACUCCCUUAAGCAUCGAUCCUUCCCUACUGAAUACGACUGCAUUGGCAGGUGUGAGUCAACCUGAUCUUGAGAUGGAACUGGCCGACAUAGCCGACAAAGACAUAUGGGUGUCCAAGUUUAGACGCUUGACAGCAGACCUUGAAGAUGUUGCCCGUCAGAAGGCCGUUCUUGCUCAGAAUCACAAAUGGAGUGAUAUUGAAAACCUUCCAAAUCCGGACCAACUUGUGUUUGAAACAUGGAAUGCUGUGCCCGACAUUUAUGUAAACAUGAAAAAGUAUGCGCUUGGAGUCCUGUCGAUCUUUGGAUCCACAUAUGUAUGUGAGCAGGUGUUCUCCAACAUGAACUUUAUUAAAAACAAACAUCGCGCAUGCUUCACAGAUGACAGCUUGCGAUCCUGUGUAAAGAUGAAGGUGACGUCAUACAGCCCUGAUGUGCAGACGCUGUGCGCUGAGGUCCAGGAGCAGAAAUCCCAUUAACCAAUUGCUGCCUGACCAGCUGACAUUUUCUGCUUUUCCAACGGUUCUUGGCCUGAAACGUCGGCUACACUCUUUUCCAUUGAUGCUGCCUGGCCUGCUGAGUUCUUUCAGCAUUUUGUGCCUGUUGCUUUGAUUCCAGCGUCUGCGGAUUUUCUCUUGUUUGAGAAGUGAUGGGAGAAUGAGAGAGUUAGCCUUGCUGGGACUGAGCACCAAGAGCAUAAUGCAGAGCUCCCAGAAAUUCAAUGACCACACACAGAAAGCUCACUAAUGCCUUUACUUCCUCAGGAAGCUGAAGAAAUUCAUCUUGUCCCCUUUGAAUCUCUUCAACUUUUAUUGAUGCACUGUAGAACACCUUCUGUCUGGAUGAAGAAUAGCUUGUUAUGGCAACUGCUCUGUACAUGACCACAAGAAGCUGCAGAGUUUUGGACAGAGCUCACUUCACAGGAAACAGCCUCCCCUCUGUGGACUCUGUCUACAGUUCUGGCAGCCUCAUUAAAGAACACAACAUAAAUAAAGACCCUACCCACCCCAGAAAUUCUCCCUUUUCCCCUCUCCUAUCAGGCAGAGGCCUGGCACCACACACACGGACAGCUUCUAUCCCACUGUUAUCAGAUUAUCAGACACUUGAACUGACCUCUUGUAUGAAAGAUGGACUCUUGUCCCCUCACAAUCUACAUUGUUCUAAUCUUGCACUUCAUCAUUUACCUUCACUGCACCCUUCAGUAGCUUCUACAAUUUAUUCUGCAUUUUACCUUGUUCAAGCUGAAUGAUUUGAUCUGAAUAAACUAUGCAAGACAAAUUUUUCAUUCUAACUUGUGACAAUGAUAAACCAAUACCAAUACAAGUAGGCAAGAUCAGCAAACGCUCCUUCAAAUCCCCUAUCCCUAGCAUCACUGACCUUGUGACACUACAGAAAUCUCUGCAUGCUCACCACAGCAUCUCUUGAAGGGACAAUGUGUGUGGCUAGGGCAAGAGAUGGCAGAGGCUGGACAAGGGAAGCUCACCCCAUACUUUUCCCAGUUGUGCUCCCUGUCCUCUGUAUGAGAGGGACAAAUGUCAGCAAGCGCCAUAAUAUGUCAACAGGUGCAUGUCCUGUUCAUUUUGCUUCUGAGCCUGGCCAAGCUGCCUGUUCAUGGGUCCAAACGGCAGGCAGCCAAUCAUUCUGCCCAAGGCAACUCUUUCAGGAUUAUGUCUGUGCCCAGGUGUCCCUGAGAAGCAGCAUGUGACAUCCAUGGUUACAAUGGGUGAUUUCUGGGAACAGUAGA